AUGCUGCAAGAGGUCUUGUGGGUGCUUUCGCCGGUGGGGGCGGGGGUCUUACAGGAGGCGGCCGCGCAGGUGGUGCAGGAGGCGGCCGCGCAGGUGGGGCAGGAGGCGGCCGCGCAGGUGGGGCAGGAGGCGGCCGCGCAGGUGGUGCAGGAGGCGGCCGGGCAGGUGGUGCGGGAGGCGGCCGGGCAGGUGGUGCGGGAGGCGGCCGGGCAGGUGGUGCGGGAGGCGGUCUACUCGCAAAGUGUUCUGCACGAGCUCUGUCCGCAGUCAGGAUGUACAGCAGAGCCAACACCAUGA